AUGAAAAAAAUAAAUGAGAUUAUUUUAUCUUUUUUAUUCGCGUUACAUUUUGUAAAUUGUCUUAAAAGCAACUUUAGGAAAAAUGCCUAUAUUCUUCACUCCCCCAAUUGGACAAAUGAUUCCAAAACCCGUUUCAGAAGAUGGAAUAGCCAAAAUAAUAAUAAUAUUCAAGAUUUGUAUCAAGAUGAUGAUUUGAUAAAAUGUGAGUUGCCAAAUAAAUUAAGUAGUAUAAUAUACAAAAAACGAAAAAAUAAAAACAAAAAAAUGUAUAUAUUAAAUAAUGAAAACCAUGUAAUAUUACCUUCGAAUCCAAUUUCGGAAGAGUAUAAACAUUGUAUAAAUCCAAUCGAUUUUAACUAUGAAGAAUUGCAUGUCUAUAUGGAAGUAAAUACUGGAAGUGUCAACGAAAAGAAAAAUCAGCAAGGUAUUAGUCACUUAUGUGAACAUGUAUCUUAUAUGGGUUCAAAGAAAAGAAAAGAUAUCAUAGAUAAAAAUAUUCGAACAAACGCAUAUACCGAUUUUCAUCAUAUCGUUUUUUAUAUAAGUGUGAGUUUAAAUAACGAAAUAUAUAAAGAAAACUCUUUAACCGAUUUCAAGUAUGAUAAUUUUGUAAAAAAUAUUAAAGAAGAUGAUAUUGAAAAUUAUGACAUAUAUACAGUUGACGAAUUUAAUUAUAAGCAUAGUAUUUUAUCUCAGUGUCUUGAUGUUAUGGUAGAUGUUUUAUCGGGUCGAGAUCAAUUUAAUAAGGAAAGAAUAACAAAAGAAAAAAAAGCCAUAUUUUCUGAAUACAGUAUUAUAAAUACCGUAGAAUACAAAAUUAACUCCGAUAUUAUAAAAACUUUGCAUAAAGAAAACAGGUUAUCUCAUAGACUCCCAAUUGGAAAACUAGAAUUACUAAAACGUUAUGAAGAAAAAGACGUAAAGGAGUAUUUUAAUUUAUUUUUUAGACCUGAGAAUGUAAAUUUAUAUGUUUAUGGGGAUAUAAAUGCUGAUAUUGCACAAAAAAUUAUAAACAGCAAAUUUAAUAAUAUAAAAUGUACCGAUUUAAAAAAAACAGAUAUAGAAUAUUUAAAUAUUUUAAACGAUAAAAAUACACUCCGAUCAAAGAAUAAAAAUUUACCUGCUGUUGUUCAUAUGUAUGGUUCGACACCAAAAAACACAAGUAAUGCAAAUUCUUAUGAUAAGUUAAUUGACACAUGCAAUAAUAAUCAACAAAAUUCAUGUAAUGAUAAAGAAGUUUCACAAUUAAUAUCAGAAGAUACUUCUAAAAUGGGCGAAUUGAUAGAUGAUAAUAUUGCAGAUCUUGUCAAAUUUAAGAAUCUAAAGAAAGAAAACAAAAAUGAUAUUGUUACCGAAUUAAAAUUCCGAUCUUAUUUACAAAAUAAAUAUGCUGUAAAUUUGGAAGAAGAAAAAUCAUUAAACAAACCAUUAGAAAAAAAUUUCAAAACUCAAUUUGAAAUAUUUAAAUAUUCGCUAAAUAAUGCUAAUAUAAAUAUUUUAUUAAAAGAAGAAAUAAAAAGUAUUAGAUCUAUGGAAGAUUUUAAAAUAUCCAUAAUAAAAGACAUCAUAUUUUACUGCUUAUCAUUUAGAUUUAAUAUACAUAGAAAUGAUCUAUUUAAUAAUAUAGAUAUAAACGAAUAUACAAAUAUAAAUGAAGGAUCCACUAUUAGAACAAUAGAAAUAAAAACAAAUCCCCAAUCUAUUCAUAAAAGUAUAAACGGUUUAUAUAAAUUUAUAAAAAGUCUGAUUAUAUAUGGAUUUUCAAAAGGAGAAAUUGAAAAUUAUAAAAUUAAUGAAAUUGAUUUUGAUAACAUCGAUGAACAAAAUGCAGAAAAAAAUAAUACUAUUGAUACUACCAAUAAUAGUAAUGAUGGGGAGAAAGGAUCAUCUUCCACUUCACAAAAUAUGAAACUAGGUCAUUCUGAAACAUGCAACGAACAAAAUGAAGAAUAUAUUUUAGACACUAAAAUGAAUGAAAUAUAUACUGAUGAAAUUCAAAAAAUAAUUGACUACAAUUCAUGUAACAAUGUAUAUAUGAAUGAAAAAAGAGAAAAAAAAUUAAAAAAACAAAUUUUUGAAAAUAUUACAAUUGAAGAAAUAAAUAAUUUUGCUAAAAAUUAUUUUCAAUAUUUAUUUAAUAUAUUUAAUGAGGAUACUUCAUUAAAACCAAAUUGUGUUAUUAUUCAUGUUCCAUAUGCCAAUUUUAAUGAUUUAAAAAAAAGUGAUAUUAAAGAAUAUUUUUAUAAUAAUAUAUAUUCAGAAGAACAAAUACCAAAUUAUUCAAUAAAUAUCCAAAAACAAUUAUUAUCACCCCAAUAUAUAUAUCAAAAUAUUACAGAAAAUUUGCAUAGAUCAAAAUAUAUCGAUCUAAUCCCCCAAAAACAAAAAAACUCAUCAAUUUUUAGUUACAUACUAAACCAAAUUAAACGGCUAGAAAAACCUCAUGGAAUUCAUAAUACAAAUUGCAUCUUAAAAAAUCUAAACACAGAACCAAAUUUUGACCUAUUUAAAGCAUGUUAUAAUAUUGACCAUAAUGAUAACAAAAAAAUAGACACAAUAAACGAAUUAAAUAAUAAUGAAUUUCCAAAAAGCAGUAAUACUAAUAAUUUUGACCAGGAUAUCGAAACUACAAAUGAAAAUUUUCAUGAGGAUGUUAAAUUGCUGAAUUUGAAAAAUUAUGUAUUAUCAAAUAAGGGUAAAAAAGAAAUAGAAAAUUAUCAACUACUAAAUGGCAUUAAAAUAAAUUUAUAUAAAACACAAAUUGAUAAAAAAUAUGUUUAUUUAAGACUCAUAAUUCCACAUAACGAUAUAUUAAGAAAAAAAAAAAACAAACUUCAAAACAAAAGCAGUAACUUCGACUUAUUAUUUUCUAUUAUAUGCUUAUUUGAAGGAGGUGAAAUUGAAAAUAUAAGCAGAGAAAAUGUUGAAAUACAUUGUAGCAAUAAAAGCAUAAACAUAUACAUAGAUAUAAAUGAUGAAUAUUUUUACAUCGAUAUAUAUACAUAUAAUAAAUAUGAAAAUAUUAAUUCUGCAUUUUCUAUUUUAAAUAAUAUUAUAUUACAAACGAAAAUUGAACCUUCGUCUCUACCAAGAGUUGUUGAUAAAUUAAAAAAAGACUUUUUCGAGUACAAAAAUAAUUUACAGUCAUUUUUAUUAGGACAAACGAUUUAUUAUCUAUCUGAUGGUGCAAUAGGAAACCAAAAUUUUGAUAUUCAGGAUGUGGAAAAAAUUACCUUUGAAACUGUACAGAAUGUAUUAAAUAAUUUAUUCACUGAUUUAUCAUUAUUUGAAUUAACAAUUGUUGGAGACAUUUCUAACAGAAUUCAUUAUUAUAUUCUUCACUAUUUGGGUACUUUGAAAAAUAGAAAUAUGGAGGCAUAUAAAAAUCUCAAAGAAACAGAACAAUUAAAGGAUAUUAGCCCAUUAGAGAAAAAUGCACCGUUACAGCAAAGCACACCAAAUAAAAAUUUUGAAACACCCCAUAUUUCUAAUGAUCUUAUAAAAAAAAAAAAUGAAAACAAUUUAUUAGACGAAUAUAAUUUAUUAUGUCCAUUUAAAAAUUAUGAAGACAAAUUAAAAGACGAUACAUAUGUAUAUAUAAAAGAAAAAGAAGAACAUGCUAUUUUUUUAUUAAUAGGAAAAAGUGCAAAUCAUUUUGGAUUUUUGCCAAAUGGUGUGCAUAUAUCAUUAUAUUUAAUUCAAUAUUUAAAGGAAUUAUUACACCAUAAGGAAAAUGAACACCGAAAAAAAACAGAUGACAAAAAGAAUAACAAAAAUUUGGAUACAACCAUGAUCGAUUCCGAACUCGAAUCGAUAUCUAAACAUAUAAAUAUAAAAGAUUGUGAAGGAGAUACUUUCCAAGAAAUUAUUAACAGAAAAGCAAAAUUAUAUAUACAUCCAUUAUUUUUUAGUAUAGUAUCCUAUAUUAUUCAAUAUAUAUUGAAUAGCAAAUUUUUUCAUCAUUUAAGAGAAAAAAAAGAAUUAACAUAUGAUUCAUCUUUUGAAUUUAUAAAUUACGAUAAGUAUUUUGCUGGAUUUUUUACAUUAUUAGUUCAAACAAAUCCACAAGAUUUAAAUAUAGUGAAAAAGGAAGUUUUAUCAGCUUUUCAUGAAUUUACAAGAAAUUAUUAUAAUUAUUCUGACUAUUUAAUACAUAAUGCUAAAUUAUCAUAUUUAAAUAAAAAAAAUAAAGAUUUAAAAUAUUUUAUUGAUAAAAUAUCUGGUAUGAUGUUAACACAUUUUCCAUUAAAAUAUAAAAAUAAAGGUUUAUUAAAAGACAAUAUUAUAUUAAAUAAAAUUCAAAAAAUAGACAUACUUUUAGUUUUAUUCAUACUAUUUAAUCAAAAAAAAAAUUAUCAUAUAUCUUAUGGAAUAUCCGCUCCAGAAAAUUUGUGGACUAACUUGUACAAAAAUAUAAAUAAAUUGGGAUGA